AUGACGUCUAGACAUCAAGCAUGUCCCGCAACGGGCCAAACCUAUGAAUUCUGUCCUGCUCAGGAAGGAGAUAGCCGUUCGCCAUGUCCAGCACUAAACGCGAUGGCCAACCAUGGAUACAUUUCUCGCGAUGGUAAAAACAUCGGUCCUCAAGACUUAGUUCGCGGGCUGAAAGCAUGCUAUGGAUUGUCGAAUCCAUUGGCCUAUUUGCUUGCCUAUGUUGGAUUCGCCAUUAUAUUUCGCAAAUUUGGGCGAAUAAGCUUGUUCGAGCUUGGGAGGCAUGGCAGAAUUGAGCACGAUGCUAGCCUUGUGCACCACGAUACCCCUGCAGGCCUAGAAUAUGCUCCUAUCGAAGUCGACCAGGGCCUCGUUAAUGCACUCGUUGCGGACGUCAGGCCAGGAGCGAAAGAAGUAGAAGCAAGAGGUGAAGAAUUCCUGAUGGGUGUGGAAGACGUGGCUAGGGCGCGAGUUCGUAGGGAAGCAGAGUGUCGGCCUAUCGGUUCAGUUUCUGCUGAAAUUGCUCGUGGGGAGAUGGCCCUCGUCCUCGGUAUAUGGGAGAAGAGUACAGGGAUAAAGACAGGUGUUCCAGUGGAGUACAUUCGACGGUGGAUCUCCGAAGAAAGGUUACCGGAAGGGUGGAAACCGGACCACGUUCAAACUCUUCUGGGUGUUGUGAAACUCGCGCGGAGCCUAAAGGCAGCUACGGAUAAGCUGCGAAAGGAAGAAAGUAUAGCAAAGGCAAAAGAAUCAUAG